AUAAAUAAAAAUAAUUUUUAAUUGAAUCGAAACAAAAUGAGUGCUCGGCAUAGAGGUAAAUCCAGGCGAGGUGCUGGCGGAAGCUCUUAUCGCAACGUCAAGUCAAAUCACAAUUGCGAACGGAACUUUGCCCAACAGGCCAAUGAACUGGCUACUUCCAAUGCCACAGAUAGCUCCGAAUCGGAAUCCGAUUCGUCAGGUGACAACUUGGAUGGACUUGGACAUGCACCAGAAUUCGCCGUAUCCAUGUGGGACCUCAAUCACUGUGAUCCGAAAAAGUGUUCCGGUAGAAAACUAGCACGUCUUGGACUUAUUUCUAAUCUGCGCUUGGGUCAAAAGUUUCCUGGGCUCGUCCUUUCACCUGUCGGUCAACUAUGUGUUAGUCCACAGGAUCGAGAAAUCGUGUCUACUUCUGGAGUAGCAGUUAUCGACUGUUCCUGGGCGAAGCUGGAUGAGACGCCCUUCAACAGAAUGCGUAGUCCCCAUCCUCGUUUGCUGCCGUUUUUGGUGGCCGCCAAUCCUAUCAACUAUGGAAAACCCUGCAAGCUGAGCUGUGUGGAGGCGAUUGCAGCGACUCUCUAUAUAUGCGGAUUCACAGAAGAGGCGCGAUGGUUUAUGGGCAAAUUCUCUUGGGGUCAUGCAUUCCUCGAGUUAAACGAGAAGCUCCUCAAUGCGUAUGCAGCGUGUAAGAGCAGUGACGAAAUAUUAAAGGUGCAGCAGGAAUACCUUGACGCAGAGCAAAAAGAGCGUGACAAGCCACGGGAUCUGAAGGAGUUUUAUCCCACAAGCAGCAGUAGUAGCGAAAGCGCAGAGGAAAACGAAGAUUAGAUAAAAUAAAUUUGUAUAUUAUUUUUACAAGA